UACAGACAUCUGUAUUUACUGACAGCCACAGUGAUCAUACAAGCUGCAGUAAUCCUACUUGAAUUACAGUUCUUGUCUUUAGAUAAAGUCUGUGACGCUGAGAUUACUUCAAUAAAAAUGGAUGAGGACUUUGUGCCAUUGCGAAACAGAGAAGCCAGCCCUUGGGAGGAAGGUUUCAGUGAAGAAGAUGAGGACAGUGUGGAUCUGACUGACAAAGGUCACGAGUGUACCUCAGAGAGGGCAAGCAGCUGGGGGUUACUUCCUCAUGUGUGCCUGAGGCAUGUGUUCAGGUUUCUUUGUGACCAUGAUCGCAUGAGUGCAGACCUGGUUUGUCGUCACUGGCACCAUGUCAUGCACUCUCCCUCUCUCUGGCGCUCCCGCUUCUUUUACUUCAGUGGUCAGCGGCAGUCCAGAUCCAGGCAGGCUGAAUACUGGUCUGCUGUGACCUACGCCCGCUCUCUGGGAGCCUACCUGGAGAAGCUGGAGGUGUGUGUGUGUCCUCCACACAAUUCUUUGAUGGCCAGGCGACUAGAACAAGCCCUCAUCGGGCUACUGUCUGAGCUUACCAGGUUAAACGCCCCACUGCGAAUCCUUUCUAUUGUAAGGCUGGAGUUGGACCGGACUUCGUGGACUUUAAAGCACAAGAACUCUUUAGUGAACUGCCUGAUUAACUUCCUCCACAGAGGAUCCUCAAGGCUCACCUCUGUCUGCCUGAACGGGAUGCGAAAUGGCUUGCAUCAAGGCCUGGAGCUGCUUUCUGCCCUGGCACAUUCUCAGAUGCACCGCUACCCCCAGUGCUAUAUCUCAUCUCUGGACUUGAGGGGCUUCUUUUCUGACACUGUGCGCGUCCCCUUUAACUUCAACAUUCCCCACAGACUGCGCCACCUGCAGGGCCUCACCGACCUGAGUAUGAAUUACUCCUGUCUGUCGGAUGAGCUGCUGAAUACUCUCCAGUGCAGGCACAGAGGAUGGAGGUGGCAAUUUAGAAGAGAUGCGAACACCUUGCAAACAUUUUCACUGUACUGCGCUUGGAACGAGCCCCAUGAACAGUUGGUGUGUGGUGACUCAUGGGCAUCUUUAAAAUCAAGCAGCCCAGACCUGAAAGUCAGGUUUACGGUGGACCAAGUCAUCGACACAAACCAGCUGGCGAGGAUACUGCUGCCCGAGAUUCUCCUGACAGAAUACACCAUGACGGCUUUCUACUCCCCCGACACAAACUGGAGUGCCAGGCCUGUCCUCUGUGAAAUGCUGCCUUGGUACAGAUGCAGUCUCCAGUAUCUGACCCUGGACCUGAGCAACUGCAAUGAAUCACUGGACGAGGAGCUGCUGCAGCUGGUUACUUUGUGUGAGUGUCUGAAGCAGCUGAAAGUCUGGGCUUUCCUGGAAAUCAGCACCGCGCAGAGGCUGCUGCACAUCAGACUGACACAAAGGAAAUUACUCAACAAGAUCCGGGUGAGAAUGUACUCAGUACUCAAUGACAUCGAAGAGCAGGAAGACCAACUGGAGGAAAUAUUGUCUUCCUACCUGCCUCUUCCUCCUGAACUGGAGUUUUUGGCAAUAGUCUACCCCUUUCUUGAUUGAUGAACACAAGAGGAGUUGAUAAGCAAAAACAAAAACAAAAAAAGAAAUAAAAAAAACAUGAAGCAUGAAACUCAAUUGUUUUACAAAUCAAUAACCACACA